UCCCUCGCCGCCUCCGGCCAGCAGCAAUCCCAUCCCAUCGAAUCGACGAGCGAGCACUGGGCGCUGGGCAGGCAAGGAAGCAGCAUCAGCUAGGUAGGAGGGGGUGAUUCGAUUGCUUGCCUGGCUUCCCUCCCCUCAAAUCGAAAUCCCCAUGCUGAUGCUAAGCUAGGAGCCUCGCGGGCAGAUAAGAUUCCCCAUCAUCAAUUUCAGUCAGAUAUAUCUGCUUCCCCUUCUUCCGCCGCGCGCGACAAGUGGCCCGUGCAGGUUCCCUUCCCUUCACACAUCCAACCAGGUACAUUCCCUUACCUGAUUUCCAGCCUCAGCUCCAGAUGUAAGUAUCAUCAACGCCAGCCUCCUGGAUUACCAUCAAUCCCAUCAGGAGCCACCCAGCCAAUGCACACUCGUUUAGAGUAGACCACACCGCACUACAAGUAGCGUCAAGGGACAUACCAACCAAUCCCCCUCAUCAUUUUGUGAUCUGGGUUGGGUACUCAGAUUUCACAAGGACAUGUGUUACACACACAUCUUGGGGGUUGGGACCGCACCCUUACCCUCCACUUGUCCACUCUCUCUAGCUGCAAUCAUCUUAUCCAUGCUCUCUAGUUGUUCUGCUGCCCGAUACGCAUUGGCAUUGACCUUAUGAUCGGCUACCUAUUCCCUUCUUCAGUUCUGGACGAGAUACACCUUGAAGUUUUGAACAUCGUCAAAUGAUCCUCUGAUCCGACAUGGGCCUCAAGGAACAGCAUCCGCAACCCAACACCACUGAUCAAACUGACAACUCGCCUACUGCUGAUGACCACCACAAACCGGGCAUCCCCCGUGUAUCAAGCUGCAGCACCGAUAAGGAUUCUGGCCUUUCACUUUGCCGGGUCUGUCAUUGUGUCGAGCCUGAUUUGAGAGGCGAGUCUGCCCUAGGUUUCUUGGGCAUUGUGCCGCCUUCUCGAGAGCCUUCCGCCCCAAGGACCAACAAUGACUCUACCAAGACUUCCACCAGCAAGGAUGCCAUCACUGGGCCAAACGAUGGAACCAAUGCUCCCAGGUUUGUUGAGUUUAUAAGCCCCGAGGGGGAGAUUUUCGUAUGCUCUACUGACGUCGAAUCAGGCCCCAUGCACCAACAAGAUCAUCUUGUGGAUCUAGGCUGUUCCUGCAAGAACGAGCUUGCCCUUGCGCAUUAUGCCUGUGCAUUGAAGUGGUUCAUCAGCCAUGGAUCCACUGUGUGCGAGAUAUGUGGAAGUAUUGCUGCAAAUGUAAGGCCUGACGAUUUCAACAAGGUCCUCGCGUCCUUGAAGGAUUAUGAAGCUCUCAGGGAAAGGACAUCUACAGGGGAACUCUCAUACUUGCAGCUUGUGGCAGACACAGGUGUUGACCCAGAUGCUGUUGCGGCAAUACGAAGGCAGCGGCUUAGCGAGAUAUCAUCUUGGUUCAACCCUCAUAACUCUCACAUGGCUGUCUCUCAAGGGCACAUUGAUCAACCGCCACUUAGUCCAAGCAAUAAUUCUGUACUAGAGCAUAGUAUCGUGGCAGCGAGGCGGGUACAUACAAGAUGGAGUUUGGAGAGUACUGGAGUUCUUGUUGCUAUUGGCCUAGCUGUCAUUGUUCUUGCAUGGUUGGUUGCUCCACAUGUUGGCAAGAAGUGCAGUUUGUAACUAUUAGUGUAGUUUCAACUGCGAAUGGGUGCCGGACUGAGAUGGUUAGGUGGCCUCAGUAGCACUCCUCACGUCCUGGGUUCGACUCGCUGUGGGAGCGAAUUUCAGGUUGAGGUUAAAAAUCCCCUCGCCUGCCUACAUGCCAAAGCAUAUGGAAAAUAGCAACGGCCCGUGGAUCGGCCCGCUCUCACACGGGUUACGGCCCGGGUAACGGUGCCCUGUGUAAGGGUGGGGCAGGGGAUCGGGGGUUUUCUCGUCCUGCUUGAGAAGGUCUUCUACCUUAAUUCACAAUGCCUACCCCAACUUGCUUGGGACAAAAGGCUAAGUUGUUGUUGUUGUUGUUGUUGUUCAACUUUGAAGUUAAUGGAAGUGGUCCUCUGUAUUUGAAGGUUGUUAUAAUGACAGUCUUCUGUUCUGUAGAUGUAACGUGUGAGUCUGAAUUAGAAAAUUUAGAUGCUGUUGCCCCAUUGUAGCCUUUGGUUGUUCUUGUACUCACAUGCAUAUUUCUUUCUUUCCUUUUAUAAUUCUGCCAUUUUGUCUAUA